GAAGCUACGGUUAGGCUCUGUAGUUGCUGUGAGUAGAGGCUGCUGCCGAAUUUGGGUCGUUUGCUUCCAUUUAUUCCUGACCUAGCGUUGCCCUGACAACAGCUACUUCCGGGAGCGGCCCUGUGCGACCCUUCCGGGUGUGGGCUGUUGCUAAGGCAGCAGUUACGCGUUGGUAUGGACGGCCCACCCUUGGAUUAGGAGCUGGGCUGGAAGCCCUUCUGACUGUUUAACUGUUGUCCUGGCAACCGCCACUUCCGGGAGCGAGUGCAGUUUCCCACCCCCAGCUCCGCGGUGGCGGAGCUCCAGGUUCCGGCCUGUAAGCUCUGCAGCUGGUCGGUCGCCGCUGUUCUCGGCGGGGCGGGCCGAGCGGAUCGUGUUGUGGACGGGAACUGCGGAGCAGCCAUGGUUCUGCUACACGUGAAGCGGGGCGACGAGAGCCAGUUCCUGCUGCAGGCGCCGGGUAGCACCGAGCUGGAGGAGCUCACGGUGCAGGUGACCCGAGUCUACAAUGGGCGGCUCAAGGUGCAGCGGCUGUGCUCAGAAAUGGAAGAACUGGCAGAGCACGGCCUCUUUCUGCCUCCUAAUAUGCAUGGACUGACUGAUGAGCAGAUCGAAGAGCUGAAAUUAAAGGAUGAAUGGGGUGAAAGAUGUGUGCCCAGUGGGGGUGCAGUAUUUAAAAAGGAUGACAUUGGACGAAGGAAUGGGCAAGCUCCAAAUGAAAAAAUGAAACAAGUUAUAAAGAAGACUAUAGAAGAAGCCAAAGCAAUAAUAUCUAAGAAACAAGUGGAAGCCAGCGUCUGUGUUACUAUGGAGAUGGUGAAAGAUGCCUUGGACCAGCUUCGAGGUGCAGUGAUGAUUGUUUAUCCCAUGGGGUUACCACCUUAUGAUCCCAUCCAGAUGGAAUUUGAAGAUAAAGAAGAUCUGUCAGGAACUCAGGCAGGACUCAGCGUCAUUAAAGAAUCAGAGGCACAGCUGUGGUGGGCAGCCAAGGAGUUAAGAAGAACCAAGAAGCUCUCAGACUACGUGGGGAAGAAUGAAAAAACCAAAAUCAUUGUCAAGAUUCAGCAACGGGGACAGGGAGCACCAGCCCGAGAGCCUAUCAUCAGCAGCGAGGAGCAGAAGCAGCUGAUGCUGUAUUACCACCGGAGACAGGAGGAGCUCAAGCAAGUGCGGUGUGGGCAGAAGGCUGCGCGCCCUCUUCCUACAGUCCGCUGCCUGAUGUGGAGCUACACUGUCAGCGGCCGCUAGAGGCCGCCAGCUGCGCACUGUCCUGCGCUUUCCUUCUCCCGUUAGCUGAGUUAAAAGAAGCUAAACGCUCCCCCGUGUUUGCGAGAUGUGGGCAGCCACAGUUCAGGUCUGACUGCAGCCAGACAGCUGCCAGCCUUCAAGAUGGAGUUCACCUCCGGGUUGAAGCUUCUCUCCUUGCCUGUCGGGAAGUCCACCUCUGGUGGGAGUUGGUAGCCAUGUUGGUCUGACUCCUUGGGAACAGAUUCUGCAAUAGUUUCUCAGCCUUUUAAGUCUCAUCGUCAGUAGAUCCUGAAAACUGGGCCCUGGCAAAGGGCAGCUGUUGGUGCACUGGGUUUUGCAUCCCUCGGAAUUGCUGGCAUUGGGCGUAGGCAGUGACCAUCCAUUGACACGAGUCACCCAUCACCCUGCCAUCAUCCGAGGAUCUUCAGCACUGCAGCACGUGCCCUCAGACCGUGUUGCCGCCCAUGAAACCUGGUGCUUCUGCAGGUGAAGUCCCAGCAAGCUGCCUGCCAAAGCCAGACUCGGCCUGGAACUUCCUCUUGCUCACCUUUUGGCUACAGGAAGUGGUGUGCUCACCCUGAGGGAAAGGGGUGCGUGGGUAUUUCCCUGCACAUCUCUAGCCCAAGCGCCCCACCUUAGCCACUGGAACAAGUGCAGGCUGCCCGAGGUCAGCAUGUCCCAUCUCUUCCUGUCGUGCAGGUGGUGGGGACCGACAUUUGCCCCCUCUCUUGGGCUCCAUGGGGCAGAAUGGGUAAAAUUAACACAACGGUAAGACUUGCCGAGCCUGGGCUUCUAGCAGAGGCUGUAGCAGAAGUGAGCCCGAUCCUAUGCUAGAGGCUUCUCCCAGAUCCUUUGGCCACUUACCCUUCCUUGCCCCUCCUUUCCAAAUUGCUGAGUUUCUCGGAAUAGCUUUUCCAGAACUGGUUGCCGUAGUGUUUUCUAAAGUGGGUUCUAGCUGGCUAUGCAUAGUUUAUGUCUCACUUUUUGAACUGGUUACCUUUUUUUUUUUUUGGUGGUACUGGGGGUUGAACUCAGGGCCUUAUGCAUGGUAGGCAAGCACUGUACCACUGAGGUACAUUCCCAGCCCUGGUUGAAAAUUUUUAUAAAGCAAAUUUGCAUGAAUCUUCUCUUUUACUUGGGUAAUAACUAAAUGUCACCUUGAAAAAGUUUUGGACUCAGAUAACAUAAAGUAUACUAUACAAACCUCUGGUUUUAUUUGAGGUGUAUUCUAACUUUGUCAGCGUAUGUGCCUAAGAGUCAUGCUCAGGCGUGCAAAAAAAAGAUGAGCACAGGUGACAACUGUGCGUCUUUUGUAGACUCGCCACUUCCAUGUCAUUAGGAAUUCACAGUGAGGGCUGGGGAUUUAGCUCAGUGGCAUAAGCUCCUGCCUUGCAAGCAGGCAGUCGUGAGUUCGAUCCCUGGUACCGGUAAAAAGGAAAAAGACAAAAAAAGGAAUUCACAGUGACUCAGUUCAAGUGGCCACUACAGUUACUCUGUUGCUCUGUAUAAUCGGUGGAUCUUAAUAACUGGAAUCGCUGACUUCUGAGCAAAGAACUGUGUAGAGUUCUGGUAUCACAUUCCACUCCUUUACGGAGCACCACAAUUCCCUGAUCCCUGUCUCUGUCUUUGUCUGCCGCAAAAUCCCCUGAGCUUCAGAGGCAGGUGCUCCCUGGGCUGUAAGAAUGCUAGCAGAACCUUCUAAGGCACCUGUGAAGAACCACAGAGAUGCAGAGAUGGUGCUGUUCUGCUCACCCUGCUGGGUGUGAAUUCACUUUGCAGCCAUCUCUGACUAUUCCAGGUCAUGUGACUUGGGAUGGGACUGCUGGAGGUCAUGCCCAGGACUUCUAAGAGGUCAGCCCAUCAGCAAAAGUCAGCUUGCCACUCACAGACUGUCAGCUCAAGUAUAUGGUCUUGGUAGUUAUUUUGUUUGUUCAUUUUAAUCUUGUGUCUCUAGGUCAAUAUCCAGAGAAAGUGAAUUGGCUGUUAUGAGGUGGGGGUUUGAGAUUUGGUCCUUUGACCUGACUUGCCCUCUAAUUUGGUUGUUUUGUGGAGCCUAAGAAUGUCAAGUCCAAAAAUUUGAUACCAUCUAAAAUGCUUUCGACUAACACUGACAGCAUUGAAUAGGAUUUCUGUCCCACUAUUACUUGGCAACUGUGAUGCAAAGAAUGUGCCAUCAACCUUGAAAUUAAGCGCCACACCUUGUGAGCUCAGAAGCCUGGGAGUAGGGAGUCCGAGGCCCCUCAGAAUUCCUAUCCCAGGCCUCAGCAACUGCCCUGUCAGAGGGCCAUGAGAGAGGUCGAGGUCGCUGGCCCCUUUGUCACAAGACCCUGGGAGGUGCUGACACACAUUGUUGCUGAGUCCAAGGAGAGAUGUGGCCGCUUCCCUGGCAAAGCUCGACCUUACCUGCAAGACCUUACUGUUCCCCAGACAAGCCCUAAGACCUCUGUAGCCAAAUACGGAAGAAACUAGGAUUGUCAUCACUUCACAAGUGAGGAAAACAAGGUUAAAUUGCCCAUGGCGAAGCCUCAGAGCCUGCUGUGAGCUGUCUGCUUCUGCUCACACCUAACACAGACACCUGACCCACAGCUGGUGAGGGGCACAGAGCACACAUCCCUGGAUCUGUGGAUCACAUGAGCUCCAAUCCCGGCAGCCUCCCCAGAGUGGCAGAGUGAGUGCCUGGGCCAACAACGCUGCGAUUGUGGGUUCUAAGAGCCCCCUUCAGUGUGUGCCUUAGUGCACUGUGACUGGACUGCCGUAGCAGCUGCCACAGGCAGCCUUCUACAAGCUGGGCGUUUACUUCUCAGUUCUAGAGACUGGGAGCCCAAGAUCAAGGUGCCGGCCACACAGACUUGGUGUCUGGUGGGGGGAAGCUUCCUGCUUCAGAGACAGCUAUCUUUUUCUCUGUCCUCACAUGGCAGAAGGGAUAAGGGAGCUUUCUCAGGCCUCUUUUGUAAGGGCACUAAUCUCAUUUAUGAAAGCUCAACUCUCCUGACCAACUCACCCCCCAGUGCCCCACCUGCUAAUCCCUCACCUUGGAGGUUAGAUUUCAACAUAAGAAUGAGGGACCCAAAUACAGAGUCUACAGCAGCUCCCCCUGCACUGCAAGAAGAACCCCAUGCCUCCACCCCUGCCUUGCAGAUGCUUAAGCAAAAUCAACACUGGAUUCAACCCUAAACACCCCAAAAAGGUGAAAGAACGUGUCUGGGAUUUUCUGGCCAUCGCAGGCAGGUCAUGGGAUUCCAGGUCACUCCAGCAUGCCUCAGAGGUCAGUGGAUGGACAGAUUCCCAGACUAAGCCCUGCCUGCCAUUACUCCUUAGAUAGAAGGCUGUGACAUUUGGAUGCAGGACACAGCAGCUGUGGCUGUCUUGCUAAUCCGGUAAUGAGACAGCAUCCUCCUGAAAUGCAGGGUGCAGAGCGCCAAGAUGCCGAUUUGGAGCUUUGUAACCAAAUAUUUGAUCCUAUAGCUAGCUCUAUCCAGGGGCAGCAGUGUAACCACUGCUUUGUCACCGUAUGUCUCUGUCUCUGUCUUAUGUGGACAUGGGUGUGGGUGGGUGUGGUACUGGAGCCUGAACUCAGAGCUUUCACACUGAGCUGCGACCCCAGCCGUUUUAUUUUGAAACAGGGUUUCACUAAGUUGCCCAGCAAACUUUCAAUGUUCUUCCCUCAGCCUUGCAGAGUGCUGGGAUUUCAGGCACGCACCACCACAACAGGUUUAAUCCUCUUCUGGAUGCAUCUGCAAUACCAACUCAAGUGACUUAAACAUAUUCUAGAUUUUCCCUUGGCUCUUUGUGACAUGCCAGUGUGCUCUGAUGACCUAGUGGGUGCAAGUCUGAGGACCAUGACUGUGCACUUGGUCCUCCAUUACAGUACCAAAAAGGAUGAAGGCCUGCAUGAGCCACAUGGGGUCUAUCUGUGGGCUCCCCCACCUCCUUCCCUGCCUGCUGGUGGCCCCUGUCCCCUGUUAAAAACAAAGCAGGCAGAUACAAUAGCAGCAUUAUUCUUGAGAGUUCUUAUUUCUUGUUACCUUGUUUGCAUGUUGCUGCAAUGGAUCUCAUAGGCUCCGAGGAAAAUAUGAAAUAUGCUCAGAGCCCUUGUAUAAUGGCUGAGUCACUUGGAUUACACAGGUCAAAGGAAGGGAGGUUCAAAACUAAGGGUGUUAACAGACAAAACCAGUGCCCCCAAACUGAAUUCGACUACAAGACUCAAAAUGAACUCAGUUCACCAGGACAGAUAGAUAUCCAACCUUUUUCAAAACUGUUUCCAGCCCCUACAACUCAUGGUGUAAUUUUUUUUUUUUUUUUAAAGAUCUCACUAUGUAGUUCAGGCUGGCCUUGAACUUACCAUGUAAUCUAAGUUGGCCUCAAAUUCAUAGUGAUCUUCCUGCUUCAGCCUCCUGAGUGCUGGGAUUACAGGGGUGUGCUACCAUGCCUGGUCACGACUGGCAUUUCUACAGGUAGUUUGCACUCAACUGCAGAAGGAGUUGGAGCUCUUGAUUUUUUCCUUUGGAAGUAAAUUUGAUUUCAGCAAUUGGACACAGGAGUUUACUAGAUGUAUGUUAAAGGAACUCACAAGUUGGCAAGCACACGUAGAGAAUAAAUUUAAUUUGACUCAAACUGUUCAACUGUAUUGGAAAAUUACUCAUGCAUGAGAUGGAGGAAAAGGAAGGGAAACUUUGCCUGGGUUAAAUUUUUGUAAUGGGAAAGAGAAUUUCAGAGUAUGUGACCAUCUCAUUGUCUUAUUCUUUUAAAAAUAAGCUACUGUAGACUGAGCAUAAUUUGUAUGUUGAAGUCCUAACCUUCAGGAUUGGACUGAAUUUGGCCCCAGGUUCUUUCAAGUGAUUAAGGUUAACCUGAGGUCGUGAGGUUGGAGCUCUCCUCCAGUAAGACCAGCGUCCUCUUAAGAGAAAGAAUCAGCUGGCUGUGGUGGCUCAAGCCUGUAAUCCAGCUCUCUGGGAGGCUAAGGUAGAAGGAUCACAAGUCUGAGGCAAUUUAAUGAGAUCUGUUUGGGAAGUUUAGUGAGACUUUGUCUGUAAAUAAAAAAGAUCUGGGGAUGUAGCUUAGUACCAAGGCCCUGGAUUCAAUCCCCAGUGCUGCCAAAGAUUAAAAAAAAGAGGGGCAAAGGAAGCAAAAAGAAGAGUCGUCACAGGGACACACCGAAGAAAAGACCGCUUGAGGACACAGCAAGAAGCUGACCAUUUUCAAACUAAAGUGAGAGAGAAAUCACAGGAAACCCAAACCAGCCAGAGCUGCGAUCCAGGACUUCUGGCUUCCAGAAUCCUGAGAAAGUAAGUCUCCUGUCUGUGGUGUUUGUUAAUGCAACCUUCACAGUCCAAGACCUCAGACUGAGGAGACAACAUUUCUCCUUUCUUUAAAGUAGACCCCUUUCUUUAGAAUGCCUCAGAACAUUCCAACUAGUAAAUAUAUCUAUUUUGUUGUC